AUGGAGGAUAUGGAGGAGCGCACCGACUUUGCACAGCUGAUGAAGAGCCAUUUGGAGAUGUACAUGUUGGUCCUGGCUCAGAUGCAUCGGAUCACCAGCAGCAGUGCUCAGGCCAAGCAUUUCCAAGCCACCCUCACAAGUAAGGCCAAGCGCAUGGCGAAGCUCAUCGUGCCAGAUUUGCUGCUGCUGGCCCGCACCAGUCCCGAGUACGCGCCGAUGGAGACCCUCAUCGAGGUCUUCGAUUCACCCUUGCUGUCGGAGGUUUCGUGCGUGGAGGCCGAUCCAGGUAAUAAUUCGCACAUCAGGGACUUGAACUUCAAGCUCUCCUUCGCUGAACGUUGUUGUCUCCUCAAAAGGACGCCAGAGUUCCAGUUCGAAUACCUGGUGACUUGCGUUUGGAUGCCCCUCUUGGCGGAGAACAACACCUAUGCCAAGCCUUUACGCGCCACAGCUUCUUCCACCACCGACUCGUGCUUCUUCCGGCCGGACGUUCGCGUGACACAGUUCCCCGCGACGCAGCACAUGGAGCCGGAGAGAAGACGUGUGAGCUGUCCAGAGGGACAGGUGCUGGAAGGAAUCAGUCAAAAGUGGGAGGCUCAGUACUUUAACAUGGUGGAAGAUGUCACCUAUCUCUGCAGAGACCCCCCCGCCAGCAUCAUGUUCCCCUUGAGCUUCACCAGCGACGGCCUUUGCUUGGAUGCGGUGAGAUUGUUCCAGGACAAUGUGGUGGCAUCCUUGACCAUGGUUGAGUUUGACACGUCUGGAUCAGCAGGCCAGUUCUCCUGGAUCAAGCGUAGUACCUGCCGUUUGGCCGUGGCCAAAGCUCCGGAACUCUACAGCAUUGACUGGUGGACCAUCUCACGGCUGCUGGGUGAUGAUCACAAUUCCUUCCUCUUCCGCACCAGAGCCAGCUCGCGGCGGCCCACGGGGAACUUGUGUGAUCACUGCUUCUGGGCCAAUCCCUCGCUCUGUGUGAAUCCAGGCUCCUUUACAGGCUCUGCGUGA